UUUUGCAAGAAUGGCAUCUAAAAGCUAUCAACCACUGGAAAGAGAUGGGCACUCCUCAGUAAAGGUAGGAGACUGCCUAUAUAUGUGGGGUGGGCUCCUUUCUGGAGUACAUGAUAGUAAAAAGGAGGAAGCAAUGAUGGAUGUGUAUCAUUUACCAACUGGAACUUGGGACCAGAAACCUACUACUGGUAACCCUCCACCAGGUUACUGUGGCUAUUCAUCUGUUGCAAUUGGAAGGGAAAUUUAUUACUUUGGUGGUGUUGGUAUUGGCUAUCAUAACAGUUUACAUUGUUUCAAUGUGGAUACAUUCAACUGGAAAGAGCUUUCUCCUUCUAAUUCUGAUCGUGUUCCAAUGAUGAAGGCCUAUUGUGGUAUGGUAUCAGCUCAUUUCGAUGAUGAGGACUAUCUUUUAAUAAUUGGAGGAAGUGGAUCACCUUCUGUCAAUACUCCAAAGCAACCUGAUGCUCAGUAUUCAGCUGAUGGUAGAUGCAAUGAGAUACAUUAUUACAGGAUUUCAUCAA